AUUGGAAACUUUUUAAAAAUUGUAUUCUCUAUCUGAAUCAUGAAAUAAUUGUUUGAGGUUUAAUGUCCCUUUAAGUCAAUUUUUUUUUUUUUUUUUUUAAACUAGCCUCUCAUCAAAGAACAGCAUUGCAGGGGAUUAUUUGAAGAGGGUCUUUUAAUGCUCAUUGGAAGAAGUCUUCUAAUGAUGAAUCACUGACUUUUAGGUCUAUCAGUAACAGUCAAAUAAUAUGAUCCUUAAAGUACGUAUUCAAUCAUUCCAUCUCUUGGACUGAGCACUGACAGAUCUGCAACUUCCAUAAAAGUAAUCUGGAGCUAAACACUUGAAAAUGGAGACUAAUGAAUUCCUUCUUCAGUUCAUCUACAACACCACAGAUACAUAUUCUGCUGAGGAGGAUUGGUCCUAUUUCAACAAUGAACAUUACAACCAUCUUUAUUUGUUGGAAAAAGUAAUAACUAUAAUUUGCUACAGUAUAACCUUCAUCUUUGGAAUUCUGGGAAAUGGAUUGGUAAUUUGGAUUGCUGGCUUCAAAAUUAAAAAGAAUGUAAAUACAAUAUGGUUUCUCAAUCUUGGUGUUGCAGACUUUGCAUUCAAUUUAUGUCUCCCACUCCCAAUAACAGAACUGGUUAUGGACCAUCAUUGGCCAUUUGGCCUCAUUAUGUGCAAGGCUGUGUUCACUGCCCUUUUGUUAAAUAUGUCAGUUAGUACUUCUUUUUUAAUGAUCAUUAGUGUUGAUCGUUGUACUUCUGUACUUUGCCCUGUAUGGUCUAAAAAUCAUAGAACCUGCAGAUUGGCUUAUAUUAUUUCCGCAGUUAUUUGGUUUUUGUGUCUGAUUUUCAGCUCCCCAUAUAGUUUGUUUUAUGAUAUUUAUAAGGACUCUGAUGAUGAUGAUGAUGAUGAUAACAAAACGUAUUGCCACCUUGUAUAUGUAUCAUGGCACAACAUAAGUGCAUUUGAUUAUGACACAUGGAGACUCAGGUACAAUGCUUCGGUCAUAACUAAGUUUGUUUUCAUGUUUAUAAUUCCAUUCUUGAGUAUUCUGGUUUGUUAUGGACUGAUUAUGUUAAAGGUGAGAAAAAGGAAGAGUCUUUCUGCUUCUGGUCGAACAUUUAAGGUUAUCAUUGCCAUCAUACUUUCGUUUUUCAUCUGUUGGUUCCCUUUCCAGCUUUGGCCUUUGUUGGAAACCAUGGGCAUUGAAAUUGAAUUUUAUGUAUAUACAGUUGUUCUUCAAUUGUUUAGCUGCCUGGCAUUUUUUAACAGUUGUCUUAAUCCAAUGCUGUAUGUAUUUAUUGGCCGUGACUUCAAGAGAAGUUUAUUUAAGUCAAUUCCAUUCCUAAUGGAAAGCACCUUUAAGGAGAAAUAUGACAUUGAUUCUGAAAGUCAGUGCAAUCAGACCAGGGCUGAAACUGAAUUAGAGAUUAUAUAUGCAAAUAAAGGUGACUAACAGACAUGUGCAUUUGUUUA